AGAGGUUGAGGGUAAGUUUUUGAUCGUGCUGAACAAUAGCCGCUAGAAUCCUCUUCGACGAUGGUGGUCAUCAUCUCGGUUUUCAAGGUUUGUUUGUCUGUGUUGAUGGGGCGGAUCAUGAUGGCGGGGUUGUAAUUUUGUCAUCUACUCUACAUACACGCUCACAGGUUGCCACCCCAAUUCGGGGACAUAACCGCAUAUGUACUGCGAACCAUUCCGGGUGUUCUUGCCUGUUCUCACCCAUCCUUCUCAGCAUGUUCAGACAAGGAUCUAUCCGCGCCUUCUAAUUAUGUCACUCGUCAAACCCUGAGACUGAGGGAGAUUGCGCUGAGACCGAGCGUGUCCUUCCGUCAGCACUCUGUAUCGCACCUUUCGGACCGUCACUUAAAACUAUAUCCACUGCAGCUUCUAUGUCCGAUCGUCGAUCUCCCGCCCAAACUCCCCCGCAACGACAACCAACAUCGUGAAAAAUCAAGAUCAAGCACCGCCCAAAGCUACCGUACCGGGCUUCCCCCUUAUUGUCUACUCGAAACAUCACACGGCAAUAAUCCAGUGCUCUGAGUGGGGAUCAUUCUCGCACCCCUCAUCCAUCUCUGUUCCGGCCAACGAGGAACCCAUUCAAUCUUACGCCGGAAGACAGAUCAUCAAGCACGAAGCGCACACGGCCGUGAUAGUUUGGUGCACACCAAACACUUCCCAUGCCCGGGAGCGGCUUCUCGAUCAGCUGAGACGUCGUCGCCAAGGUACGUAUACAUAUAUGUAGACCCCUGCGAGCUAUCGACCUGCACGUUGCCUUUCCUCUGUCAGUGAUGGAGUUCAUAUCUCCUACGACCUUGUCAAAUGUCCAAGUCGUGUUUUAUGUGAACGCCGGAUUCCUGACUCUUCUGGUUUACGAUAUUCUGCUCAAGCUCUCAGACGAGUAUCUGUACAUCUGGAAAUCCAGAUGGACUGUCGUCAAAGUCAUCUACUUCUGGAGUCGAUACUCGAUGUUACUCCCUCCCAUCAUUUCCACAUUCAACUCCUUCAAUCAUUUAGCACCUUGCGACAGUAUCUCUAGAUUCACAACGACUUUCGGCGGAUUCAGCAUCGGACUGACAGAAGUCGUCUUGAUGGUCCGAACGUACACACUAUACGAGCGAUCCAGAAGGUUGCUGGCCUUCUUUUCUCUGAUGUGGCUCGCCGUUGGAGUCGCCUCGUUUUGGGCUGUCUCAACGUGGACUUCGGCAUGGAAGGGCGUGAACGACGAGUCUGCUGCCUGUUAUCUAGUCGCGCCCAGCACCUCCGGAAAGGUCUGUUAUCUGUCUUUGCUCGUGGGCGAGUCAAUAAUAGCGCUAUUGACCGCGUGGAAAGUUUUCCGCCGCUUCUCUCGAGACAAAUGGGGUUUAUGGAAAAGCCUGAAUGACGACGGGCUUUGGUUCUACCUCUGUCUGCUACCGUUCACCGUCAAUGUGGUGGUCUGCUUGAUCAAGGCUCCAUCUGGACUCGGUUACCUCGGUGACACACCGAACAUGGUCAUGCAUUCCAUUCUGACGUGCAGACUGUUGAUCCAUGCUCGCCACGUUGCAGCCAAACAGAGUCAGCGCGCUCUGCCAACGAACAAUCUUCGACUCAUGCGCCGGCCUGGUGCCAUGGCCCCAGAUUAUGUUAUAGACAUCAGCGCGAAAAAUAACGCGCUUUACACGUGAGGAAUGUAUACGUCUCAUUUUCCGUGUAAGAUACAGCAAGGAACACUUCUUGGACUACGUAUGUAAUUGUCAAAGAUACUGUGGAGGGAUGGCAGGACCAACCAUAUGACGUAAUGUAACAUCAACCAAUCUUAUCUGUAACGGACAGGCUGUUACAUACGUAGUCAUCUGAAUUGACAAACUUUUAUCUUAUCUUUU